AUGUACUCUAUACCAAUGAUAUCGCGAAUAGUGCGCCUUCCCGCACUAUUGAUGGUACUGAGAACCCUGAAUAGUGCGUCUUCCCGCGCUAUUCAGGUCCAAAAUCAUAUAGUGUACCUGAAUGACAACGAGCUCACCACCUUGUCUGAGGGAACCUUCGGGGGUCUUACGGCCUUGGAAACACUGCACCUGUAUUCCAACGGACUCACGACCUUACCUGAGGGAAUCUUUCAUAAUACAACGGGUCUACAAACACUGUACCUGGCUGAGAACGAGCUCACCACCUUACCUGAGGGAAUCUUCGGGGGUCUGGCGGCCUUGGGAACACUGCACAUGUAUUCCAACGGACUCACGACCUUGCCUGAGGGAAUCUUUCAUCAUGCAACGGGUCUUCAAACACUGUACCUGUCUGAGAACGAGCUCACGACCCUGCCCGAGGGAAUCUUCGGGAGUCUUACGGCCGUGGAAAUUCUGUCGCUGGCCAACAAUGACCUCACCACGCUGCCGGAGGGAGUAUUCCAGGGUCUCUCGGACCUGACAACACUGUGGCUGGACGGAAACGCUCUGGAGUGCUUGCCCUCAACCACACUGGUGGAAGUUGAUGAUGAUGUUUCGGACGGGCUCCACGUUGAUGCAUACGGUGACGAAUGUGGGUGUUCUAUUACGGGCGUGGUCGACAACGUGUGCGGAGAAGAAACGUGCACUCCCGGAGAUGAAGGAUACACCUGUGCGGCCACACUUGUGCCUGCGCCUACACCUGCACCGGGUACAGUCGCGCCGGGAUCUACCCCACUACCUACGCUGGCACCCGGCUCGGGCUCAGAAGCGGCCACACUUGCGCCUGCACCUACACCUGCACUGGGCACGGCCGCGCCUACGCCGGCACCCGGCUCGAGCUCAGAAGCGGCCACACUUGCGCCUGCGGCUACACCUGCACUGGGCACUCCCGCGCCGGGAUCUGCCCCUCAACCUACGCAGGUGCCCGGCUCGAGCUCAGAAGCGGCCACACCUGCGCCUGCGCCUACACCUGCACCGGGCACGGCUACGCCGGGAUCUACCCCACCACCUAGGCCGGCACCCGGCUCGGGCUCAGAAGCGGCCACACUGGCGCCUGGGGCUGCACCUGCACUGGGCACGGCCGCGCCGGGAUCUACCCCUCAACCUACGCAGCCACCCGGCUCGAGCUCAGAAGAGGGCGCAUCGACGGUGGACGUUGUGGUCGGCGUUGCGGCGGGCGCGCUGGCGUUAGCAGCAUUGGGGUUCUUCCUACAUCGCCGGCGGGCCGCGAAAAGCACGGACCCCGACCCGCCGGCCCCUCCUUCUAACGGUUUGGACAGCCUGGAGCACGGCCGGGGUGAACAGCACCGGCAACGGCAGCAGGACCUCCACUCCUCUUCGCCGAUCAUCGCCGGCUCCGCCGGGGGCAACGUUACCCGCUGUCCGCCACCUCCUGCCCAGCAAGUUUUUCAAAGCUUUGCGCCGCCGCCCCCAUCGUAUGCGCAUGAUAAUGCACACCGACGCGGUGCUUGGCCAGCCUCCGCCAGUCAGCAGCAUGUGGUUAUCGCCGCUGAGACAACACUCGGCGAAGAUGGCACGACCAUCCAAUCGUUGUUCCCAGCGCCACCCGUGGGUACCUUGCCGAAUCCCAGCUCCAAGGGAAAGCCCAAGCGCACACGCGACAACAAUGAAAGCGGUGGUGGCACCAGGACGGCGGACGCGGGCGAGGGCGGGGGGGAUGCUGUGGAAGACGGCGACGGCUGCGUGGCGGUAGCCGAGCAGUCGCUGCUGCCGUUGACGACUACGAACUCCACCAACGACGUGUCGACGGAAGAACGGACGGCCGAGGUUGCCGGGUUCGGGUUUUCGGUAGACGAAGGCGCCGACGACCCUCCUUCGGCGGCUGCUCCUGCUGGCCGCCGACAGACGCCCAGCGGCGUCGGGUACGGUCAGGCAGUACUGGCGGCGGCAGAGGAGCUCGCACAUCAUUGUCAGAUCCCCGGCAUCAGUGAGGCAGCGACAGCGGUGUCGAUUCUGAUACACUUGGUCGUGGACACUGAGGACUUGACGAGCAGCGCCGGGGUUAAGCGGUGCCGGUCGAUCGUGAUGAUGCUCGAGCGGGCGGCGAAGGUGCUCGGCAAGGGUGGCGACACGAGCACGGAGGAGGAGCGCGUUUUGAUGGAAGAAGUGCACGAUGCCGUCUCCGAUCUCGUGGAGCUGAUCACAUCUUACCAGAACAAGAGCAAGCUCGGCAAGGUGUUGACAUCGACCCUGUUCAAGCGGCGCCAGGACGAGCUGAACGCGGUUAUCGACAGGGCUAUCUGGGGCCUGCACUUGGGCCUGCAGGUGCAAGUGGGACACGACGUUGCGCACCUCGUCAAGAGGUCAACCGCGGAGGCCCAGGCUCAGGCAGAAUCUCUGGCACAAGCCCAGGCUCGGGCAGAAUCUCUGGCGGAAACCCUCAGGUCGAGGCGGCAGCGCAAGCUUGACCAGAUCGAAAUCCCCGAGGAACACGUGUCGAUCACGACCGAGGUGCUGGGAAAGGGGGGCUUUGGCGUGGUGUACCUAGCCGACUACAACGGCCACAACGCGGCGGCUAAGAAGGCCGAGCGUAAGGCAUUCCUGCGCGAGCUGGACGCCAUGGUUCGCCUGAGAAAUCCUCAUACCGUCAACGUCUACGGGGCGAUCACCUCGCUGCCGGACCGCCUUGUUCUGGUCAUGGAGCUGCUGGCGGGCGGUGACCUUCGGGCCAUGCUGAAGAAUUCCGAGCAGCCGCUUCCCGAGGAUAAGUGCCGACAGAUUAUCCAGGAUGUCUGCGCGGGGAUGGCCUUCCUGCACAGCAAGGCGACGGUGCAUGGUGACCUCAAGUCUGCCAAUGUUCUUCUGGAUGGCCGUGGAAGGGCAAAGAUUGGGGACUUCGGCACCUCUAGGUGGGCUCAGAACACCGAGAGGUCCACAGGCCUUGCCACGUACACCACCAAUCCGGGACCAAGCGCCCACAUUAGCUUUGCAUGGACUGCCCCAGAGGUGCUGGAGUCCAAGGAAACCUCCACGGCGAGCGACGUCUACAGCUUCGGGAUGGUGGCGUGGGAGGUGCUGACGAGACAGACACCUUGGGCGGACCAAGCUCGGCCUCGAGACAUCUACCUCCGUGUUGUCAUGCGUGAGGAACGCCCCGCGAUUCCCGCGGAUGCCCCCGUAGACAUCGCAGAGAUGGUGCGCAGCUGCUGGGCCCAGGAGCCCGAAGACCGCCCGACGUUUCCAGGGCUUUGCAACUGGGGGUACGUCCGACGGACGGCUUGA